AUGAACUUCAACGACGUUUGGACGUGCGAGCGAGCGGAGAUGCUCGCGCCGCCAUCGCCGGCCGUCACGACCGAGCAGCGGAGGCGCGCUCGCGAGCUCGAGCAACGCCUGCGCGUCGCGGAGCAGGAUGAGCGCCUCCGCCUCGAGUGGGCGCGCGUGUUCCCGGAGGACGUCGCCGCCAUGGAAGCUUUCUACGCUCAGAAGAAAGAGGAGAAGGCGAAAGCGGCGGCGAAGAAGAAGGCCGACCACGAGAAGUGCCGCGCUGAGUCAGCGGCGAGGAAGGCCGAGAGGGUGGACAAGGCGGCGCGGAGGGCGAGGAGGGCGGAGGAGAAGAAGAGAGGCGCCGGACCGUCCACGAACAUGCCCACCUCCUCCUCCUCCUUCGAGUGGACGACCACUCCGGUCUCCGACACGACUCCGGCUAGCGGAUCGUCGGACUACGACUGGGAGGACUUGGAGUAG